AUCAGUUGACAGACGAGGACAAUUGUUUCGUAUAAAAGUUGGUACCUUCUUACUUGAAGACUACUUGCAGCAUACAGAGCAGAAGAACAGAUUUCUGCUUAAUUCAAAAUGCUACGUCUUGCAAUACUGGUAGUCUGUCUCGGUUUCCUGGCGGAAUCUCAAGGAUAUCGAGCCGUCAACAUUUGCGAAAGCAGAAGUCAAUCUAUUGGUUGCAGACAUGGAAUGGUUCUCUCAAUAAUCGGCGCAAACUAUGGAAGAACCGACCGAAGAACUUGUCCACAUCGUGCUAUCAGAACCACGAGCUGCCGCUCAUCAAGAUCACUGCUCAAAGUUCGUCAGCUAUGCAAUGGAAGACGCUCUUGCCAUCUUUGGUCCAGUAACAGAGUUUAUGGCGAUCCUUGCUGGGGAACAUACAAAUAUCUGAGAGUUAUUUAUCGAUGUUAUAGGCCAAGACCAAGAUUUCCAACUGUUAACAUCUGCGAACACAGAAGACAAUCUAUUGGUUGCAGACAUGGAAUGGUUCUCUCAAUAAUCGGCGCAAACUAUGGAAGAACCGACCGAAGAACUUGUCCACAUCGUGCUAUCAGAACCACAAAUUGCCGCUCAUCAAGAUCACUGCUCAAAGUUCGUCAGCUAUGCAAUGGAAGACGCUCUUGCCAUCUUUGGUCCAGUAACAGGGUGUAUGGCGAUCCUUGCUGGGGAACAUACAAAUAUCUGAGAGUUGUUUAUCGAUGUUAUAGGCGUCCAAGACCAACUAGAAGACGGUCUGUCACCUGUGAAGGAAGAGUUGCAAGGCUUGUUUGUCCCUUCCGACAAAAAUUGAAGAUUCUUCAUGCUAAUUAUGGAAGAUCAAACCGCAGUUAUUGUCGACGUCACAACUUCUUGAAUACUAAAUGCAGAGCUUGCAGGUCACUCUCAACUGUUAGAAGAAGAUGUGACAGAAGACGCUCCUGUGCAGUUCCAGCAACAAACAGAGUAUUUGGUGACCCAUGCCGUGGGACAUACAAGUACCUUGACAUAACAUACCAAUGCGCAUAAUAACCAUAAAGGUUAUGAUCACCACAAGAAAGCACUUCGUAGUUUUUGCAUCCUGGACGCUAGUCUCUUCACGUAUCAUAUAUUUGGACUUUUUUAUUGCACUAUGGCUACACUGUGCCUUACUUUUACAUUAAGUUAGUGAAGAAGAGUGAAAA